AGGCGACGCAAUCGAUCGACCUAGGUAUGAGAAUGCAGCGCCAGAUCUCGAGAUAGAUCGCGAUCGCCGCAUUGUAGAAGGAUCAAGCAAGUCUUAGUUCUUUAGAGAGAAUUCCAGGGGAUUUCGACCACUUCUCGAUCGUGCCGGGAUCGCCGACAGGAACUUAGCUUUGAAGGAUAGUGGCUUUCUGGGACGAUCGAGAAGGAAGGAGGGAAAAAGGAAGCUUUGGACGGAUCGAUCUGGAAGAAAAGGAGAAGAAUUAGACUCUUCUUUGGAAGAUAACUUUUUGCUUGAACGCGGUGCUUUGGGACGCGACAACGAUAUUGCUUUGCUGCCGCUAGCUUUUCCAAGGCCCUGCGUUUUAUGACACGGUGGUCCUCGUCCACGCAGCUCCACGUCAAAGGUAAUCGCUGGUCAGCUUUUUCGCCGUGCAAACUUGAGAACUUGCAGCUCGAGGAAGUAUCAAGUAAAAAUACGAGAAAGGAGGAUUUUUGGCUCGAUGGCAAUGCGAGGAGCAGCUGGUUCUUCGUUUUUCCAGAGCAGUAGCAUAAGAUUAGUCCAGCAGCAGCAGCGGCAGUGUCACAGGGAUAGAAGCAGCGGUAAAGUUCUGCCUGUUAGAAGAGCAGCGACGAUUAGAAGCAGUGGCAGCAGUGAGGAGAGCGUCCAAGCAAGAGAUUUUGUGGCGCCAAGACCGAAUUUGGAGGAGAGGCCUCCAAGGCUUUGCACUCUCAGAGCUUUCAGUCAAGAUGGGGGCGACUCGGUGGCUAUGGGGAGUGCGUGGGACUCGGCGACUAUCACCUCUUCCUCAGCUUUUCUCAAGCAACUGGCGGCGAGUGUCCAAGCCACAGCUCAAGCGCAGGACUUUGAAACGCUCUCGGGUCGCUUUGCAAUGGUUGCUUUCGCUGUGGCUUUAGGACUAGAGUUUGUGACAGGCAACAACGUGUUCAAGGGUAUAGAAGUGAAAGAACUGGGUGAAACUUUAGGCUUCUCUGCAGCGUGUGUCAUUUCCAUGGCGGCUUUCAGUGCUGCUUGGGGGGCAAAGAAGCGAAUCGGGCUCUACAUGACAAAAGGCUGCCAAGAUCUCGUCGAGUUCAUCCUCACCGACACAAUCGACGCCAUUUUCUACGACCAAGACGAUGACCCCAUGAAGUUGUGAGUUAAAAAUCUUACAUUUAAAAAGCAACUUAGCAGACA